AUGGUUUUAAAUUUCAGUAACGAUCGUGAUCCCGUGGCAAUUGUGGGAGUUAGGCAAAUGGAUGGGCCAUCUCACAGAGGCAGUGGAAGUGUUGACAUGUAUUUACCAAAUUACAAGCUUGGUAAAACCCUUGGAAUUGGUUCUUUUGGCAAGGUGAAAAUAGCAGAGCAUGCAUUGACGGGGCACAAAGUUGCCAUCAAGAUACUUAACCGCCGUAAGAUAAAAAACAUGGAGAUGGAAGAAAAAGUGAGAAGAGAAAUCAAAAUCUUGAGAUUGUUUAUGCAUCCUCACAUCAUACGACUAUAUGAGGUUAUAGAAACACCAACUGACAUAUAUGUUGUCAUGGAGUAUGUGAAGUCUGGGGAGCUCUUUGAUUAUAUUGUGGAGAAGGGUAGAUUGCAGGAAGACGAGGCACGUAAUUUCUUCCAGCAGAUAAUUUCCGGUGUGGAAUAUUGCCACAGGAAUAUGGUUGUCCAUAGAGACCUUAAGCCUGAGAAUCUGUUAUUGGAUUCUAAAUGGAAUGUGAAGAUAGCUGAUUUUGGGUUGAGCAAUAUAAUGCGAGAUGGUCAUUUUCUAAAGACGAGCUGUGGAAGCCCAAACUAUGCUGCCCCAGAGGUGAUUUCUGGGAAAUUGUAUGCUGGACCUGAAGUAGACGUAUGGAGCUGUGGUGUUAUAUUGUAUGCUCUUCUCUGCGGUACACUACCUUUUGAUGAUGAAAACAUUCCCAACCUCUUUAAGAAAAUAAAGGGUGGGAUAUACACUCUUCCCAGCCAUUUAUCACCUGGCGCAAGAGAUCUCAUCCCAAGGAUGCUUGUGGUUGAUCCAAUGAAGCGAAUGACCAUCCCUGAAAUUCGUCAACACGCAUGGUUCCAAGCUCGCCUUCCCCGUUAUUUGGCUGUGCCUCCACCAGAUACAAUGCAACAAGCUAAAAAGAUUGAUGAGGAGAUUCUCCAGGAAGUGGUCAAGAUGGGAUUUGAUAGGAACCAACUAAUUGAAUCUCUUCGCAACAGAAUGCAAAAUGAGGCUACUGUUGCUUACUAUCUAUUAUUGGACAAUCGGUUUCGUGUUGCCAAUGGCUAUCUCGGAGAUGAGUUCCAAGAAACAAUGGAAUGUGCAUUCAAUCGAAUGCAUCCGAAUGAACCUUCUUCUCCAGCUUCGGGGCACCGCCUUCCAGGAUUCAUGGAUUAUCAAGGAAUGGGUUUGAAAUCACAGUUCCCAGUAGAGAGGAAAUGGGCUCUUGGACUUCAGUCUAGAGCACACCCGCGUGAAAUAAUGACAGAAGUUCUCAAAGCGUUGCAAGAACUGAAUGUAUGCUGGAAGAAAAUUGGUCAGUACAAUAUGAAGUGCAGAUGGAUUCCAGGCACUCCUGGUCACCAUGAAGGAAUGGUUAAUGAUCCACUGCAGAACAAUCAUUUCUUUGGGGAUGAACCCACCAUCAUUGAAAAUGAUGGAGUCAUUAACUCACCAAAUGUGGUCAAGUUUGAAGUGCAGCUGUACAAAACUCGUGAUGAGAAGUACCUGCUGGACUUGCAAAGAGUGCAGGGCCCUCAGUUUCUCUUCUUGGAUCUUUGUGCAGCUUUUCUUGCUCAGCUUCGAGUCCUAUAG